GCUGACUUCUUGAUACAAUGUGUUCUUCGGUUAAACAAACUUGCAACUCAUGACACCACGGCAUUUGCGAUUUCAAGUAGAUCGUCGACUUCACCGUUGCAAAAGCCUAAUUGUCAAGGACUAUUUACGUUCAAUCACAUGCUUCUAACUGUAGGCAACUGCUUUUCUUUAUGCGCUCACAUUUAAUGUAAGAAAUAAUUAGAUUUUCUCCAUGGCGUCUCACCAGCAGUCAAGAAUUCAGUCAUACCUGGAGAAAAAUAAAAUCGGACCUCUGUUUGAGGAAAUGAUGACCAAACUGAUAACUGAGACCCCAGAUCAUCCUGUUCCUUUUCUCAUCAAUCACCUGCAGACUAAAGAGGGCAGCCCCAGCAAGCUGCAGAGAACUCUGCUGGGCUCUGCGGCUCUGUGGGCCCAGACUGGCUCAGCCGAAAACAAGGGGACGAGGCGUGAUUUCAGGGGGUUCGAGAAGCCGUGGGAGAUGCACCCCAAAAAGCCAAAAAAAUCCAAGAGCGAUCUAGCAGUAUCCAAUAUAUCGCCACCUUCACCUGAGUCAAAGUCACUGCCACGGUCCAUAGAGCACCCUCCCUGGGACUGGAGAACUCGACCGGAGAGCCGGGACUUUGACGAGCUGAACCACAUCCUGCAGGAGAGCAAGAAACUGGGCAAGGCCUUGGAGAACCUCUCCCGAAGCAUUGCAGUCUCUGAUGAGCUUGACCAGGCUCCUCUUCCGCAGGACCCCAGGGCGUAUAACUCCUCUCUGAUGCGGCCGCGGGUGAUCGGGGAGUGGGUGGGCCGUGCUGAGGACGACGCCGAUCCUCUGGCGGCCGAGAUGCUCCAGCCGCCCGUCCCCCGAGCCAAGACCGAGGCGUGGGAGAGCGAGGAGAACAGCCCGGCUGGGAGCCUGAAGAUGGAACCAAAGACCAAGGGCUUGAAGCAGCAGCAGCAGCACCACAAGAAGCUGCUGGCGGCCAUGUUGUCCCAAGACUCCUUCGACUCCACUCCCAGCUCUGCCCCCUCGGUCACUGAGGACGAGAUCGACGAUGAGGAUGAUGCCAUGGAGCUGCUGGAAGAUCUGGACGACCUGCGGAUGGAGGGCGUCACCAGCCUGGCUCCGUCCGGCAGCAAGUUCAGCCAGGGCCGCAGCGCGUACUGUCCCGAGCCCCAGGCCAAGGUCACCCUCAACAUCUGCUCAAGGUGUGCAAGGCUUCAAGGAGACAGUCUUACAGACAACAGAGACGAAGAAGUUCCAUGUGCUCAAAUUCCCGAGCAGGCGGUGCCUGAGAUUUCCUGUCCAUUGCCUGGGGUCGAGGCCUUGAUGGAGGACCAGAAAUUUGAGAGCGCUACUCAAGUGGCCGGGCCCCGUCAAGCAGUCUGGGACUCCGAUCUGAAGGCUGCCAGAGGCGUCAGCUCCCUGGGCCAGAAAGGCGUCUUCCUGAAGGACCCUCUCUUCUCCAAGGAGCUGGAGACCAUGGGCAAACAUCUCGCCGAGGUGGAGCGAGACCUUGCCAAGCUGGCCGAGGCGAAGGUGGCCAGGAGUCCCAGCAGCAGUCUGCACCUGACUCCCCUCCACCACAGCACCCACCCGCUGCCCCAAACCUCGCGCCCGCUGUCCCCCGGAGGCCUCUCGGUCAAGGGCACCGUGCUGCCGCUGCUCAGCAACAAGCCCACCUCCCUGGUAAUGGGCCGGGCGCAGUCGCCUAGCAACCCCAGCAGCCGGACUUCCACCCCCAGCGGCCCCAGGAGCCGGCCUACAACUCCCAGCAGGCCGCUGACCCCCAACAGUCUGAUGCCGCGGGCCGUCACGCCUGGCAGCCACAGCCUGAAGGACGAGAUGUUUGCCAGCCUGAGGAGCAGGCCCGUCACCCCCACCGGCCAGAGCGGAAGGCCCCUGCUCACUCCACCGGGCCUCAGCACCACCGAGAGCCUGGGCAAGGCCUUCAGCCACCGGGCCUACAUGUCAGAGGACGAGUUCUACCAGCAGCUGCAGGCUGUGCGGCAGCCCUGGCUAGUGCCCAGCGACACGGACAGCGACUGCGUGGAGCAGCCCGAGCAGGACAAAUGUAGCCAGAGCGGAGUACGGGAUGCCACUAAAAGAUCAGUGUUUUCAGGCCUAUAAUGAUGGGGACCAGGAACAGUGAUCCUAUCCAAUGAUUAUGCAAACUACUGGGCAUUUUGAAAAAAAAUGGGGG